AUGGAGGAACAAACCGUUCUUGUUGAAGGUUCAUCUGUGGUCGAAGUUAAGGAAGUGAAACUUGAAGAAGAUGAAGAUGAGUUCAGAAGCUGUUGUGAGGAUGAGGAUGAAUUGAAAGAAAAGGAAGAAUCGAAAAAUGAAGAUUUAUAUGACAAUUUUGAAGCAGAUUCUGUAAAGAUAUAUUUCAAGGGUGUUUCUGUAGUUGGCCCUGGAGAUUCUGGUUCUAGGCUUUCCGGAAUUGGAGUGGUAAUUGAGAGGUCCGGUAGCACUCCUCCAAUUCGAGUGCAGAAAAAGCUCGAUUUCUAUGUGGACGAAUUGGUGGCAGAUUAUUUAGCUUUGUUGGAUGGUUUAUCUGAAGCUAAACAAAACAAUUUUAGUCGGGUGUUGGCCUUCACCAAUUCUGAGAUCUUGUAUGAUCAGGUUUCCCAUGGUGAAAGACUUGAAGAUCCACUAAUGGUGGCUCUGAGGGAAAGAAUCGUUGAACAAGCCAGUAACAUGGAAGCCUUUGUUCUUAAUUUUGUUCCUAGUAUUGAUCUUGAGAAGGCCUUACAGUUGGCUCAAGUAGCUAUUGGUAUUGUUAUUUCUAUGGCCAAGAUGGCCAAUGGAGAUAAACUAACAGACACUUGUGCAAUAUGUUGCGAGACGAAGCUCACUUCAAUGAUGGUCACAAUCAAAUGUUCCCACACAUUCUGUUCUUACUGUAUGAAAACCUAUGUUGAGGGGAAAGUACAGUCUACUCAAGUUCCCAUUCGAUGUCCUCAAUUGAUGUGCAAAUACUGUAUAUCUGUAGCUGAAUGUAGGUCUUUUCUUCCAGUUACCUCUUACGAAUCUUUGGAACAAGCUCUUGCGGAAGCAAAUAUUCUCAACUCAGAUAAGAUUUACUGUCCAUAUCCUAAUUGCUCAGUCCUGCUUGAUCCUCAUGAAUGCUUGUCAACUAUGGCAAGCUCAUCAAGUCAACCCCACAUUAGUUGUGUGGAAUGCCCUGUUUGUCAGAGGUUUAUCUGUGCUGAUUGUGAGGUUCCUUGGCAUUCUUCCAUGACCUGUGGAGAGUAUCAGAAUAUCCCAUUAGAGGAGAGGGAUGCUUGUGACUUGACUUUGCACCGUUUGGCACUGAACAAAAGGUGGAGACGUUGCCAGCAUUGCCGGAGAAUGAUUGAGCUCACUCAUGGUUGCUACCACAUGACAUGCUUGUGCAGAAACGAGUUCUGUUACUCUUGUGGUGCAGAUUACAGGCAUGGCCAACAGACAUGUCAAUGCGCUUUCUGGGAUGAGGAUUUCUCUGAUGAACUGGAGCCUCAUCCUAUCCAACAAGAACAAUGGACAGAGGACUCAUUUGAGUCACUCCCGAUGUUAAUGGAUGCGUAUUCAGACCCGGAGAGAUCACAACUGGCAGUGAUCCAGAGGUUUCUUUCCGGAGGUUUCAGUUUGACCGAUCAUAAUCCUUACCAAUCCCCACCUCGCUGUACGGAUUCCUAUGUUGAUGCCAUGAAGGAUCUGCAGCAACUGCCUUGGCUCGAGGGAUUUGUCUCUUUGAUAAGCGAUAAUUACAAUGAGGAUUACAUGCAAUGA